GUGUGUGUGUGUGUGUGUGUGUGUGUGUGUGUGUGUGUGUGUGUGUGUGUGUGUGCGUGUGUGUCUAGGGAGUAGCCCAGAGGCAGGGGGCUGACUCUACCUGAACACAUGUGGCAGGCCUCAGGAGCAAAUUUGGAGCUUCAGUAACAAGACUGAACUUCAUACACAUGCAGAGCUAGUGUCUGGACAAUAUGAGCAUACUGAGCUGUAAUCGGGAUGAAGGCCAUUGUGCAGAAAUGAGUAUGGUCUGUCUGACUGAUUUUGAAGAGUAUGCUAAGCUGCAUCUCUCAAAGACUACAUGGGACUAUUAUGCAGCUGGAGCUGAUGAAUGUUGUACCAGAGAUGACAACUUGCAAGCCUAUAAACGGAUCCGCUUAAGGCCACGGAUCUUACGGGAUGUGUCGGUCAGUGACACUCGAACCACGGUGCUGGGUAUGGAGAUAAGCUUCCCCGUGGGAAUUGCACCCACAGCCUUUCACUGUAUGGCAUGGCAUGAGGGAGAAUUGGCUACUGCCAGAGCCACUGAGGCAGUGAACACCUGCUACAUAACAAGCACAUACUCCACAUGCUCAGUGGAGGAGAUCUGUGCAGCAGCCCCCAACGGUUAUCGUUGGUUCCAGCUGUACUUGUACCGUGAUCGUAAGGUGUCAGAGCAGAUUGUACACAGAGUGGAAGCGCUUGGCUACAAGGCUGUGGUGCUUACAGUGGACGUGCCCUACACUGGCAAACGGCGUGAUGAUAUACGCAACAAGUUUAAGCUCCCACCACACCUGAAGCUUAAGAACUUUGAUGAGAUGUUCCAGCAAGCAGGCUCCCAUGAGGAAUACGGCACCCCAGCCAACAACUUGGAUCCAUCAAUCAGCUGGAAGGAUGUGCGCUGGCUCCAGUCUCUAACAAGCCUUCCUAUAAUCAUCAAGGGUAUUCUCACUAAAGAGGAUGCAGAGCUGGCUGUAGAGCAUGGGGUACAGGGUAUUAUUGUGUCCAAUCAUGGGGGCCGACAACUGGAUGGAGGGCCUGCAACAAUAGAUUGUCUGCCUGAGAUAGUGGAUACAGUGCAGGGACGUGUCGAGGUCUACAUGGAUGGGGGGAUCCGUUUGGGCAGUGAUGUGCUGAAGGCCAUAGCCUUGGGAGCCAGAUGUGUGUUUGUUGGCAGACCGGCAAUCUGGGGACUUGCUUACAAGGGGGAGGAAGGAGUGAGAGAAGUCUUGCAGAUUCUGCAUGAUGAGUUCCGUUUAUCAAUGGCAUUAUCAGGUUGCAGAAAUGUUGCUGAGAUCAACAGGAACCUCAUUCAUUACUCUAAACUUUGACCAGCGAAGAAACCUAUAGUUAUAUCAACUUUACCACUGACAACAGAACAAUACAAAGAUCCACUAAGUCAAAACGUAUUACCAAAGAGGUAUAUGUAAGCAUUGUUGGUGGUGAAAGUGCUUUGCAAAUUAAUUUUGAUUACUACAUCUGAUUAGGAGUGCAAUAAUGAUGGCAUUUUGUUUUGUGAAUGCUGUUUUAAGAAUACCUGACAAACAAACUUGCUAAUAUCCACAAAUGACUAGUCUGGUAAAUGAUCUUUUUUGCACUCCAUAUGCUGUAUGGGAGAGAUUGAUUCACUGGACUUACUAUGCCUGUCUGUAAUGCAAAUAGAUAUCAAAGAAUGUAAAGGAAUUAAAACAUUUCAUGUUUUGAAGCAGAGAAACCUUUUAAUUGAUGGUGAAUUAAUAUUGAACAUUUAAAGGGAUUAUUCACCCAACUGAGUAAACUAAUCCUUUAACUUUGUUUUUAUUGGGUUAAAGGUCAGUGAAAUAUCUAACAUGGCAUAACAAGUCAUUGUGAGACUAUAGGUGCCAGCUGAUGUUAUUUCAGUAUCUUAAGUUAUAAUAUUUAUCUAAACAAUAAACACUUUGCUCUUGGGCUUUCUGCUGUCGUCAAUGGGUCUGGAUGGCUGUUAAAGGAAGGACCACAGAUCAUUAUGCCUUUGUACACUAUUUUACAUGAUUGCACAAAGCAUAGCACUACAUCUUGUAACAUUUACGUGAGAGUGCUAAUUCUAAGUGCAAUUUUCAUGCCAGCACAAAGCCCAAGUGGCUGUGUUGGGAGUGUUUGCGCUAUCUGUUGGUGUGUGUGCACAAACUGUGGAUGUAUUGUAUGGUAAUGAAGUGGUGCAAAGUCUAAAUACACUUCCUGCAUUUGCAGUUUGGAUAUUCCACCAGCAUGUCCAAACUCUGAAAAUAUAGUGGAACAUCAAAUUAUGUCCCUGACAAUCCAUUUAAUGAAACAAAAAAAUAUGAGAUUUGUGUUAAACUAUAAUGGUUUAUUUUUCCAUUUUUAAUAUUAUUACCGUAUGUUCAUAUUUACAAUUGUAUUUAUGGUCUAAUUUGUAUUGGUAUUUUUCCACCUGUUGUUGUAGAGUGAUUUUUAAUCACUGCAAAAUUUAUGGUUGGAUUUGGCGUAUAUCCAAAUUCUGAAGAGAAACACAUUUUCCAUGCGUAUAAAAGCAGCAUGUCACAGUAAUAGAAAAUAAUGUAAUUUUAAAUUCUUCUAAUUCAUUGCUUAACAUCCAUUUACAGUAGUAACUCUUAUAAAUGUGCUGUCUUUGUUUAUAUAGCUGGUGCUUGACAGGAAAUAUAAUUUUUUUAAUAGGACGCAGAUGGUUUAAUAACCGGAGAAAAUCUCAGAAUUAAAUUGCACUUGACCUAGCCCAUUAGCGCAUUGCUCGCGCUAUUUCUCCAAACCCACUUGCGCCUAAACUUAGCGCAUGCUUGCAUGAAAAUACCAAAACUUCAUUGCCAUGCCCACUGACGUUGACUUAUGGCAUAGCGCUGCGCUUAGCGCCAGCACUCUUAAAAUAGGGCCCUUUAUCUCUAAUUUAAGUGUCUGUUGGUUCUUGUUUUAGUGGGCCCUUAACAUGCUUUGCAUAUUUUUACAUGCAUGGAUUAAAACAAGACCACAUGGGAGAUUCAAAUGUUAAAUCCUUUUUUUUUCACUUGUAAAGAUGUUCAUUGAUGUAUCAAAACUUUACAUUUUUAAAAAACGAAAGCACACUUAAUGCAGUGCUCAAAGUAAUAGAAUAAUCGAACAAGAGUCACUUCUAUUGUAAACAAAAAUGAAAAUAC